UGCUCGGAGGAUCAUCAGCAGCGCUCGCAUUGAUGUGCACGGCACAGAGUCACUGGCACACACAGCACGGCACGCAGGCUAAGCACUCACUGGGAUGUACCCUAUUGUCUCUGGAAUACGCACUGAACUCUCAAAAGCCGGAUUAAUACACUAGAGGUGCUGAUCCAGAUUUCUUGCAUUCUGGGCUGGUUCCCUAAGGAUCUCUGGCAACAAGCUGGCAAAUAAAGAGCAAUAAGGGCAACCGGAUGAGGGAUUCAUCUUAUACUAGUGUGGCCGCGUUCUAUGCCUUAGGAUACUGUGUAUCCACGCUGGAGUUGGUAGUUUGGAGUUGAUUUUUUUGCACAGUUUAUUGGGGAUUCACAUAUACCCAGGAUCUUAGACUAUUGCAAUCUUUGUUCUCGGGGCUCUGGAUACGCGGCUUCAGCAGUUCUGCCACUACAAGUGCUGGGACUCACAGCCACUCCAGUUACUAAAUCCACUUGUUUAUUAUUUUUAUUUGAAUCUCGCGUUGUGAGUGGAGCUAGCAGAGUAGGUGACAGCGCUGGUCACAAGAGCACGAAUUGGAUCGGUGGGGACACAGUGACACCAGACAAUGGCAAAUAGAAGGGACUCAUUAUGGAAGUACAUCUGGGGAGUUUGGAUUCUGCUGGUCAGGACUGCUAUCUCUAGAUCCACCGUAUUAGAGCCUAUAUAUUGGAAUUCAUCGAAUCCCAAAUUUGUUCCUGGACAAGGACUUGUAAUGUAUCCCCAAAUUGGACAUAAACUGGAUAUAAUAUGCCCAAAAAUGGACUCUAAAUCUUCUGGGCAGUAUGAAUACUAUAAAAUCUACAUGGUGGACAAAGAACAAGCAGAUAGCUGCACUAUCAAGAAAGGUAACACCCCUUUACUGAACUGUGAUAAACCAAACCAAGAUGUGAAAUUUACCAUUAAGUUUCAAGAGUUCAGCCCAAAUCUCUGGGGGUUGGAAUUCCAAAGGAAUAAAGACUACUUCAUUAUUUCUACAUCUAAUGGUUCAAUGGAGGGUGUGGAUAAUCAGGAAGGAGGAGUAUGCACAACUAAAACUAUGAAGAUCCUCAUGAAAGUUGGGCAAGAUCGGAACUCUGUUGCCCCUAGUAGGGAUGCUACUCCAACAAGAAGACCAGAUCAGGAAUCUGGGACUAAUGGAAAAAGCUCAACAACGAGUCCCUUUGUUAAUGGCCCUGCAGGUUCCAGCACAGAUGGCAAAAAUGCUGGGCAUUCAAGUAUUCUGGGAUCCGAGGUGGCCUUAUUCGCAGGAAUUGCUUCAGGGUGCAUCAUCUUCAUUGUCAUCAUAAUCACUUUGGUGGUGUUGUUAUUGAAAUACAGAAGACGACACAGAAAACAUUCACCUCAACACACAACAACUUUGUCACUCAGUACAUUAGCCACCCCAAAACGCAGUGGCAAUAAUAAUGGUUCAGAGCCAAGUGACAUUAUAAUUCCCUUAAGGACUGCAGACAGUGUUUUCUGUCCACAUUAUGAAAAAGUCAGUGGAGAUUAUGGACAUCCUGUUUACAUUGUGCAAGAGAUGCCACCUCAGAGUCCAGCAAAUAUUUAUUACAAAGUCUGAGGAUUUGUGUGGUACAUUUUUGAAAUGUAGAGGACACAUUAAGGUCCAGUGCUUUCUGAUGAGGUUUUUUGGUGGUUCCUUAUGCACUAAAGUGGACUUGGACUUGCAUAUGCAUAUGGAAAAGGCACAAGAGAAAACCUUUCUUCAGAGAGAGCCAUAUCCUUAAGCUGGAUAGCUUAUGGGAUCUGAGGGUUCCUGUUGCUAGGAAAAGUAUUCACUGCAAGCUGGAAGACUUUUUUUUUUCUAAUAAAAAGAUACCCAUUCUUAAAGCUAUAUCCUGGUCAUUUCCAUCCUCCUCCAAGCCAUGUGUGCCAGGCAUAUAUAGCCAGGUCAAUAUGAAGUGAUUCAUGAACCUUAAUCAUUUUAGGCAUCCAAAAGAUGUUUUAGGAUAUUUAUCUUGAAAUGCAAUUUUAUGACUUAAUAUCUGUAGCUUUCUCAGUGCAUACUGGAUUUGUCUCAGUGGCCUGUGCGUUUAAAUAAGUCUUCAGAAAGCAUUUUUUUGCUGUUAGCCCAUCACUGUUUCAUUUUCAUGUUGUCUAGGAUCCCACAGUCCUUCACACAGGAUUUCCUUUCACUUCACAUCCUCCAUCACUAAUGGCACAUUAACCUUUGGAGUCUUUUGCUCCAUCCAUUUCUCCUACAGUCACACUUGAAUGGGUAAUAUAUUAUGGAAAUUGUACUUGCUAAUACAGAGCCUUCCAGCAAGAAGUUCGACUCUCAGCAGAGUCAAGUCCAGGAGUUCAUGGGGUAAAAGGAUGAAUGCAGUUACAUGCUGCUGCCUCUGAAAUGUAGAAAGGAGACCAUGCAAGCAGCAGAGCACUUUGGUAACUCAAUGUUUGAAAUACAAGGGAGAAGCAAAACAAUGCAUAUGGAUUAAAGCUGCAGCUAAAGGAAUUCAAUAUAAUCAAACAGCAGUACGCAGAAUUCCAUAUUAGAACAGAGAAGUAUUUCUAGGAAAAAUACAUAGCAGGUAGCAGGUCGAUAAUAAGCCAGUGAAUAUAUAUGUAAUGAAGGUUUUGGCAAUAAUAGUAGGGACAUUGUAUGGGACUCCUAGUCUGUUUUGACUAUAUUUUGGCAGACUCAGGUGCUAUAUUGACCAUAUUAUUCCUCAUGCAGGGAAAGCUUUCAGUCAUUAUAGCAGAAAGCCAAAUGUGUCCUGUAGGCUUGCGAGCUAAAGGUCACGUAGCAGACAUUAACUCUGCAUUUCCCCUUUUUAAUUAAAACAUAUUUUUUAAAGAUUUAUUUUAAAGAAAGACAUUCUGACCCUAAUAAAAAAACGAUUGACACGUUAGUUGUAUGGCGAUGUUACACAGCAUAGUUUUUUUGUAGAAACUGAACUGGCUGUCCAUUGGUGCUCUGUUUUUUCGAAGAAAAGCACAUAUGGCAAACCCUUUACAGUUUUUAGGAAUAAAAUAAAUUAUUAGUAUGGAGAGAGGAUUAAAGUGAAAUUACUUAUUUAAUUGGUGUAUAGCACACAUGGGAUAUAUAGUAAAAGAUGUUACUAAUAUAUAUAAUUUAAGAUUGCACAGCCUGCCCCUCCAGUAGAUGUAAAAUCCAUUUUGCAGCAGUUAGCAUUGCAGAAAAAAAUAAAAAUAAACACCGGUUUUGGUGGGAAAAAAAACUGUUCCAAAAAUAACAAUAAUGAGAAACUUAAGAAUAACAAAGUCCUCUAAAGGCGUCUAGCCCAUAAGAGCAGACUAGGAUGUUCAAGCCCCAAAAAGCAGGAAAUCAGUGUUACUGCAUCAUAUGUUUAACAAUGACAAGAAGAGGUUCCGGCAUUUAUUUUCUGCAUUACGAUUUCCUGUUGCCUUAAUGCAGCAAUGUUAUGAGAAAUCUGUAGGUUUCAGAGCGCAAUAUCCUUUCUCAAUUUUUUUUUUUCACUCCUAUUUUUAUGUGCUAUGCAAAACAGAUAUCAUCAACAUAGUCCUGUUUCUAUGGUAACACUUUACUCUCUGAAUUGGAAAGAAAAAAAUUAGCAACAGCAUUUUAAGGUUCUUUAGUCUUGCGGAACACCUGCAAAAACGGAACUGUCAUAAAGUAGUUAAAUGGACACUGUAGGAAAAUGUAGGAAAGAGGUUAGCUGCUUCAUUAGAUCUUUUAAAAAAUAUAAUAUAAUGAAACACCUUUCUUGAAUUAUCUUAAAUAAUGAGUUACUUAUUUACUGAUUAUAGGAAGAUCCGAUUAAAAUAAAUAUUCUAAAACUUUUCCUGACUCAAUUUUUUUGAGGUAAAGUAGAGAUUUUAUAAUUCUGCAUUCACCUCUAAAAUUAAGUUGUUUUUUUUUUCAACAAAGCCAUAAAAAGAUCAUACAUUUUAAUAUAAUGAAAGCUGUCUCUUUCCUACAGAAUUAUAUUUUUUGGCAUUUGCCAAGGAAAGCAUUUAGUUUAUUUCUAUAAGAAUUGUUUUGUAUUGUGUUCCAUUUAAGGGCAAGGGGUUUAUCCCUUACUGUACCAUAGAACCCUGCAUUACACAACAUUCUCUCUAACGCUGAAAGUGACAAACUUAAUUUAUUUUAUAACAGUGACUAGUGGUUUUUCUAUAAAACCAUAAAAAUAAAAUACAUUCAAAGCAACAACGACCAACUCACACCCAGUGUCAAGUAAUUCAGUUUUGUGUUUGUUUUGUGUGUGGCGCCAAAUGACAAUCUUCAAACUGUUCCCUUUUAUUUGGAAGUUGGUUCAGCUUUGGAACAUUUCUGUAAAUGCCUUGCUUGUAAGAUCAUGUGAUCCUUAGUCACCUAACUCUGGAAUUUGCACCAUAAUGUCAGUGAAGAUGCUGUAAAUAGGUUGAGAACUGUAUCUGGAUAUGGGGUGUGUUCGUAGCCUUAUUCACCUUUUUAAAUCUUAAUAUAGAAAACAAAAAUGACACAUGGAAAAAAAAAAGAUAGACAUGGAUUUUCUUAACCAGAUUGUGUACAUAGAGCAAUGUUAGAUUUUUUUUACAAAGUCUAAGCAAAUGUUUUUGUAUAAAAUUUGAAUUUUUGCAAAUGUAUUUAGCUACCGCUUGUUUAAAGGCAGUGUCAUUCCCCUUUGCACUGUAAUGAGGAAGAACUGGUAAAAAAAAGGUUGCCAAAUUGCUGCAUAUAUGUGCCGUAAUUGUGUACCAUAAAUAUUUAUUUAAAAUAAUUUUUUGUCCUAUUUUGUAAGUAACACAGUAUUAUGCUUGAGUUUAUAAAUAUUUGUUUUUAUUUUGUUUUUCAUUUUUUUUUAUUAGCCCUCCCUAGGUUUACAAUUUUGCUUUAGUUUCACAUUGUAUUUAGCCCUUCAACCUGUUCCCUCCCAUACAAAAAAGCUCUGAAAUUUCACAUUCCACGUCUGUUUCAAACUGAAUUUGUUCUUAAAAAAAUAAAAUAUUUUUUCCUAUGGAAA